AUGUCUGAUUAUAUAGAACCUGACACACCUGGUGGAGUGAAUCAUCAUUCUAAUUUAAAUAAUAACGAUAAUUUAUCAAAUGUAGAUAUAUCGAAUCCAUUUGAUGACAAUAAUAACAUUGCUAGUGCUGUACCAGCAGAUUCUGAUAAUGUCUCUAAGAAUACAAGAGGGACUUUGGAUGAAAAUGUACUAGAAACAUUAAGAAGGGAUUUAUUUGAGAUUAACUCAACGUUAAAGAAAGUGGUAUAUCCACAUUUCCCAUCAAGACAAUUAUUGUCGUCUACAUCAACUAUGGUGAAUGAAUCAUUAUCUUCUUCUUCUCCUACUUCACCAAAUAAUCAAUCCAUUGAAGACAUUUCUGCUAAUUGCGAUCUUUGGGCUCCUUUAAUAUUUGUAAUUACUUAUUCUCUAUGUGUUUCACAUGCUCAUACGUUAUUUUCAAGUUUGUUUGUGUUAUGUUGGAUUUUAUUAUUGAUUAUGUCAUUACAUAUGAGAUUAACUAAACCGUACGAAAAUGUUAAUAUGAUUACUUAUAUCUCAUUAUCAGGUUAUUGUAUUUUCCCACAAGUUAUUAAUGCAAUAAUAUCACAAAUUAUUUUCCCAAUUUUAUUAAAAAUGAUAGGCAAUAGACAUUGGAGUAUAAGAAUUAUAACUUUAUUAAAAUUAAUUACAUUAAUAUUAUGUGAAUUAUGGUCAUUAACUUCAAUUUCAUUAGUCACUAAUAGUAGAGGCCUUAUACAGAUCUUCCCAUUAGGAUUAUGUCUCUUAGGAUUGGGUUGGUUAGCAACUAUACUAUAG